GAUCAUAACCUCACUAUCAGAAACUCAUAACCUGACUUUUUGUUUAAUGUGAUUCGAAAAUUUAUCGAUUUGAACAUCAAGAUUUUGUAAUUAUAAAUACUUUUCAGUCAUGAGUGUCCCUUUACCAGCUGGUGGAGGGUUGGAAAAUGUUGACCCCGAACAAAUAAAAACGUUCAAAGACUUCCUGAUAUCGUACAACAAACUAUCCGAACUUUGUUUCAACGAUUGUAUAUCGGAUUUCACCAGCAGAACUAUUAAAAACAAGGAAGACCGAUGUGCUCUCAACUGUUUAGAAAAAUUUCUGAAAGUUAAUCAAAGAAUUUCCCAAAGAUUCCAGGAAUUCCAAAUGCUAGCCAAUGAAAAUGCCAUGGCAGCAGCACAAAAACUUGGACAAAUAAGCGGAUCGUAGUAUGAAUAAAUAGUUUCUUCGCUAGAGGAGUAGAAUGAACUAAUGAUAGUUGCUCACAUGAUGGGUUGAUUUGUUGAGAUUUCAAAGUGUGAUAUUAGCUAUCAAUUUGUUCAUUUGGAGGUUACAUUCUACUCAGCAUUUCAACUUUCGAGAGUAUUUCAUGAUGUACUUCUGUUAUUGUGUUCAUAUACUAAUAACUUUAAUUGUUAGUUAAAUUUAGUUCCAGUAUGGUGUAAAAAGAACAAUACAAUGCAAUGUGUCAUAGGAAAUAAAGAUUCUCAUUGUUGUAUGUUGCA